AUGCACGAGCUCACCCCGGAGCUGGUGGCAUGCUCAGACGCAUCGGGGAGGGCUGGAGGCGGCGGAUCGACGUGGGGUAGUGGCGAACAGCGCCGGAAAAGACCGAAGCACGUGUCGACGAUGCAGCUCCAUGGCUCCGAUCCAGCACGUGCAGGUGACGAGGACGAGGCAGCGGUGCUCCCGGAGACGUCGGCGAGGCAAGUGGGGCUCGGUGGCAACGCGGGCAGCAAGGCGACGGAGACGACAGAGGCGGCCAUGGCGGGUGAAGAAGCAGCGAAGCGAGGGGAGGGGGAAAAGAUCCUGGCCUUGUCCAGGGCAUCGAUGCUGGCGAUCUUAUCCCCUCCAGAAAAGGGGCGUGGGGCCCAUAGGCCAGUGGCCCAGGGGGCCACGCAGUUAACGGGCGAAGGGGGUUAUCGGGCGCGGGUGUGCGCCCGCACGGCGAGGCGAGCUGGGCGCGCGGGCACCGGCGGCCAGGGGCGACAGAGGACGUGGGCCGGCAAGGGCGACCACGGCCAAAGGCAGGCGGGCGCGCGUGGGCCGGAGCGGGGCUGUCCGCAGCGAGGUCGCAGCGGCGCAAGGGGGGUGGCGACGGGGGCCGGAGAUAUGGGAGCGAGGCAGGGGCGGCGCGGGAAGGAGCCGUGGGUACGGCAGCUGGGGGAGCAGCAACAACUGCAGCAGAGAGCAAGGGGGGAGCCGGCGCGGGCGGCGAGCAGGUGGAGGAGCGGCGCGGGGCGGCUGCGGCGUAGGGGCGCGAGGCCAUGGGCGCCAAGGUGGGCGGGAACGGCGGCCAGCGAGGGGGCCGCGGGCGAGCAGUGGGCACAGCCAACGGGUGGCGGCCAGCGCCGGGCGUGGCAGGGAGCAGCACGGGGCGGGCAGGCGCGGCCAAACGAGGCCCAAGGCGAGGCAGGUCGCCCGGGCGACGCGAGCUUUGGCCAUGGCGUCCGAUGCGCGAUGCCGGGUUGUACGGCGGUGGAUCGACGUUGGGAGGAAGGGGAACGGGACGAGAUGGUCAUCUUGAGUUUGAUGGCGAGGUUGGGAAGGCCGGAGGUGGACCGGAGCGACGGGUGCGGCGACGACUGA